GAACCACAAACAAUACUCAGCGAGUAAAACAGGGAACAAAGGGGUAAAAAUACUAGGGAGACCAGGUGAAGGCAAUCUAGAACUCAGGUGACUGAGACCUGGUUAGAGCCAUGUGAUCCGUGGGACGUGUGAUACAAGAUUCCAGGGCAUUCUGGGAGUUGGAGUCUGUGUGUAUGUUAUCACUGUCAGAGACAGGAGCAGGCAGGACAGGAGCACCAGAAACAACUGGUGUGACAGUUGUGGAGGCGGGAGCAGGUUGAGGGAUGGCUUUCGGAGGCUUAGGAUACUGAUAUAAGAGCACCUCCAGACAUGUUUCCUCACUGUAAACCAAACAGCUGGAUUAAUCCAGGGCUCGGAUAUCACUGAGCAGAGGAACUCACGCUCACCACACCAAAUCAGAUGAGGAUGAGGAGGGCUCUGGCCGUGUUGUGGCUGGUCUCGCUAUGUGCCGCUCAGAAGAAGAAGUGGACUCAUGAGACACUGGAGCUCAGAGAUAAAACAAAUGGCAAAAGCUGCUCGAACAUGACCCAAGUGCUGGACAACUGGAAAUAUGCUAUCGUGCACCAGGUGAAGGAUCUGUUAGUCAAUGACCAUGCGUCAGUCUUACCAGAAUAUGUGAGGAUUAAGCCUCUGUCUGAUGCGGUGGGAGACCUUUACAAGCAGUUUAACACUCUGAAGGAGAACCUGGCAAAGCUUACCAACGAAUUUGACAAGGUGGAGGGCUUCGUGGAUGAGCUUCAGGCAGGAAAAGUGCCCAGAACUUCAAUGUGGGUGCCCCCACGGCGGCCAGUUGUGAGAGCCACAGCAAAGACGCCCGCGAAGGCCUCUGUGAGAGCUUCCAACACAGGACAGUGGAUUCGGAGGGCAAGAGCCAGGAGAGGCCCUGGUACUUAGUGGACAAAGGCAUUUCAAGGGACAUCCGAGCUAUCAAAUGAAAAUCUAAUGCGAAUAUGAACUAUUAUUGGAAUACUUCACCCAAAAUGCCAAAAAAUGCGUCAAUGCUUCUAGAUCAGGGUGGUAGAGUCUUACCUGCACAGGGCCAGUGUGGCUGCAGGUUCAUUCCUGUUGUAAUGAAUCAGUGCGACCCAGUCUGCAAACAACUGACCAUGUGUACUCCUGCUUUAUUGGAAUGUAUAUUGCGGACAAGACUGGACACCCCAGUCUUUUGGAUGGUCAAUAUCAUACAUAGCUUUGCAUUCUGGGUGACUUAUGUUUUUUUUUAUGUUUAAAUGCAGGGAGGUCAAUAAAGCUUUGCCUACAGUAUCUUUUUAGAGAUGAUUAUCUACCGAAUCAGCAGGCCUGACAACACUUGCUUAUAUAAAAUUAUGACGGGCAUUUUUUGCCAUAUUUGCAAGAUUUAUAUGAAUUGAGGUCCAUGCAUCAAACAAGAAAAGUUUAUUGGAGAACACAUUUCGAUUCUUUGUAAGUAGCGAUGUGUAGACUCUAAUAUAAUGGGUUCUUUUAUGUCUUUUAAGUGUUUUUUUUGUUUUAGAUCAUGAUAAAGGUACAAUUAUAUGGACAUUUAUGCAUUAAAAUGACUUAGUGUAUAUUUUAA